AUGCUGAUUGUGGAGGGGCUGAACAAUGGGACCAAUCAGAAACGGCCGCCCCACCAUUCCGCCCGAAGGUAUAAGAGGCCGCGAUGGGUGGGGGAGGGAAUUAUAGUAUUCUCUGAAAGUGCUUAUGACUGCGUCUGGAAGAGGAAAGGUCACUGCAAGGCGAAGUCUCGGUCGUCCCGGGCUGGCCUGCAGUUCCCGGUGGGCCGUGUUCACAGGCUCCUGAGAAAGGGUAACUAUGCUGAGCGUGUGGGUGCCGGAGCGCCGGUCUAUCUGGCUGCGGUGCUGGAGUAUCUGACGGCUGAAAUCCUGGAGCUGGCCGGCAACGCGGCCUGGGACAACAAGAAGACCCGCAUCAUCCCCAGACACCUUCAGCUGGCCGUGCGCAACGACGAGGAGCUCAACAAGCUGCUGGGAGGGGUGACCAUCGCUCAGGGCGGGGUGCUGCCUAAUAUCCAGGCCGUGUUGCUGCCCAAGAAAACCACCGCUGCGGGAGCCACUAAAAAGUGAAGCGACCAUUCUUGAAUCAAACAACCCAAAGGCUCUUUUAAGAGUUACUCACAGCAUCUGUGGAAGGAGCCCUCCCUUCCAUCGGAUUGAAUUACCUUCCUGUGGUCACUUGUCUUGAAUGAUCGUCCUAUAGAUGCAUUACUCAGUCCAUGUACUCGCUCGCAUGAUGAAGGGCUUUUGCCUGAACUGCUGUGCUCUUUCCAGCACCACUAAUCCGAAAUCUGGUUUCCUGCAUCUGCAGUGAUUGUUUUUACCUGUAUUUAGGAAGAACUGAAUUGCCCCCGUGCUCCCUCGCUGACCGUCUGUAUUUUAUUCUCUGAUGUGUUCGUGUGUAAGAUCCUUUGCCUGGCCGUAGAGAGGGAGCAUAAUAGAAGCCACAGUCAUUUUCACCUUCUUCCAGUUGUUUCAGUUCUUUAAUAGUCAACCAGUUCUGUAGCAACACGCCCCCAUGGGGUAUGAGCCCGAGUUUGAUCUCCGGCAAACAGAACAAGUGCCCUAUCUUUGAAUUCCAUGGAUAGAUACAUUAUACGCUUUUUAAAUUUCAGAAUACCGAUGGUGUUGUCUCAUUGCAGAAGGCUCUGAAAGAGGAGUUCUGCUGUCAAAGCUUUCAAAAUGGAGAGAUCAAACCAGAGCAGUUGCCUCACUGUAAGAGUCAGUCAAGCAGCAUAGAUACAGUCCAACCAGUCCAUACUCACUAUAAUCUCAAACUAGACUAGUUCCAAUUGCCUGUUCUUGUCCCAUAACCCUUUGAAACUUUCCUUAUCAUGUACUUAUCCAAAUGUCUUUUAAAUAUUGUGACUGUAUCGACGUCUAUCACCUGCUUUGGAAGUUAAUUCCACACAAACCACAUCAGCAUUUCACCGUAGUGACAGAUGAUACAAAUAUUUCUGAAACCGGCACCUCAAUUUCCUGCUUAACUUCGCACAAUGUCCUGGGAUGUGCUAGAUCAGAUCUGAGAUUUAUCCAAUUCUGUCUUUGAAGACCUCCAGCAUUCCUCUUUGUAAUGUGAACUGUUUUCAAAACAUCAAUAUUUAUUUCCCUAAGUUUACUAGCUUCCCAGUUUUAAAAAACUGAUGUAACUUAUUCAUUUUGAGCUUGUCCCAUCUUCUGAGAUUCAA